GCGGCCCGGCACGACAUGGCGGAGAGCGACAGGGCCGAGGCGGCCGCGCCGCGCAGGGCCGAGGAGGCGGCCGGGCAGCAGCCCCCGCAGCCCUCCCUGCCGCAGCAGCAGCAACCGCCGCCCCAGCAGCAGCAGCAGCAGCAGCCGCCGCCGCAGCAGCAACAGCCGCCGCAGGAUGAGGAGGCGGCCGCGGCGCCCGGGAGCGGCGCGGGCAGCGCUAAUGGCGUCAAAAUGGAUAAUGAUGAGACAGCAAAAGAGGGGAAAGCACCUGUGAAAGAGAAGUACGUUGCAAAAGCGAAGGCAAUCCCUUCUCUUGGAAACAAGAAUAGAUUCCACCCCUAUUCCAAGGAGAAGAAUGCAGGCUCUGGAGACAAGAAGGCCGUUAAUCGUAAUAGAGUUUUUAUUAGCAACAUCCCAUAUGACAUGAAAUGGCAAGCUAUUAAAGAUCUUAUGAGAGAGAAAGUUGGUGAGGUUACAUACGUGGAGCUGUUUAAGGAUGCUGAAGGAAAAUCAAGGGGUUGUGGUGUGGUUGAAUUCAAAGAUGAAGAAUUUGUUAAGAAAGCGUUAGACACUAUGAACAAAUAUGAUCUUAGUGGAAGACCCCUGAAUAUUAAAGAGGAUCCUGAAGGUGAACAUGCUCGUAGGGCACUACAGCGUGGGGGAGGACAGUUUCCAGGAGGACAUGGACCUGAUGCAGCACCUGGAAUAAUGAAUUUACCACCUUCUAUUCUCAAUAAUCCAAACAUUCCUCCCGAAGUUAUCAGUAACUUGCAGGCAGGCAGGCUUGGGUCCACUAUUUUUGUUGCUAAUCUUGACUUUAAAGUUGGCUGGAAGAAGCUGAAGGAGGUGUUCAGCAUUGCUGGAACUGUGAAGCGAGCCGACAUCAAAGAAGAUAAAGACGGCAAGAGUCGAGGGAUGGGAACAGUUACCUUUGAACAAGCAAUUGAAGCUGUUCAAGCAAUAUCAAUGUUCAAUGGACAGUUCCUGUUUGAUAGACCCAUGCAUGUAAAAAUGGAUGACAAAUCAGUUCCUCAUGAAGAUUUCCGUGUUGCAGACAGCAAAAGCUCGCAGUUACCUCGUGGUCUUGGUGGCAUUGGUAUGGGACUUGGACCAGGUGGACAACCCAUCAGUGCAACACAGUUGAGCAUGGGUGGUGGAAUGGGGAGCAUGGGUCCAGGAGGUAUGGGAAUAGACGGUCCAGGAUUCGGUGGAAUGAGUAGAAUGGGAGGCGGACUUGCUGGAUUUCGUGGAAUGGAAGGAAUGCCUAAUAUGGGAGGAUUUGGAGUCAACCGAAUGGGAGAAAUGUUCCGUGGUGGAAUGGGAGCAAACAUGGAAAGAGAAUUUGGUCGUGGUGACAUGGCAUUGAACCGUGGUUUUGGAGAGUCUUUUGGAAGGAUGGGUGGUGCAAUGAUUGGUGUUUUUGCAGGAGGAAUGGGAGCACCUAGCAUGGGCCCAGUAAGAUCUGGAAUGAGUGGUGGAAUGGGUGGUAUGAACAGUAUGGCUGGAGGAAUGGGAAUGGAUCGGAUGAGCGCUGGGUUUGAUCGAAUGGGACCAGCCAUGGGUGGAGGCCUGGACAGGAACAUCGAUAUCGAUCGAGGGUUUGUGCCUGGCCCCAUGGGAAGUGGCAUAAGAGAGAGAUUGGGCUCUAAAGGCAACCAGAUAUUUGUGAGAAAUCUUCCUUUUGACUUGACCUGGCAGAAGCUAAAGGAGAAAUUCAGUCAGUGUGGUCAUGUAAUGUUUGCAGAAAUAAAAAUGGAGAAUGGAAAAUCAAAGGGCUGUGGAACAGUCAGAUUUGACUCACCAGAAUCUGCUGAAAAGGCCUGUAGGAUAAUGAACGGCAUAAAAAUCAGUGGCAGAGAAAUUGAUGUCCGCUUGGAUCGCAAUGCAUAAUUUAAAACUGUGUGUUCAGGAACAUUCCUAUGUCUUGUUUAGCUUCUCUAUCUUAGCAAGUCAUUUUUAGUAACAUUGUAUGCUUACAAAAGCUGUAAAAAGGAACUUUUAAAUCCCACCAGCCUUUAACAGUAUAGUGUUUAAUAUACUGUGAUACUUGUUAACUGAAUCUUACAAUGUUUGGUUUUUAAAGACAAUUUGCCUGAUUUUUGUUGUUUUUUUAGAGGCACUGAGCACCUGCAGGUCCCUGUUGACCGUGGAAGCUUUGGAUGCUCAGUGCCUUUGGAAAAUUAGGCCAAGUGUCUCUAGUCAUUCAGUUUAAAUGAAUGGUUAUACUGUUUUUAAUAAAAUAAGCCAUUUUCUCUGUUAAUCUCAAGAUUGCAUAGUGGGAUUUAUUUAGUGUUUUAUGAUUUUUACUUUUGCCCUCCAGUGUGUAUCAACAUUGUAAUGUAAAAAGUAGAUGUCUUUUUUUUUCAGAAUUUUGGUUUUAUAUGUGCAUUGUAGUCAUACUGUAAUUCUUAACUCUAAAAGAAAGGGCUCCAAUUAGGCUGUGAUGUUUUUGUUCUACUUAAUAUUACUUUGAUGACAUGACUUAGUUCUGUAUAUAAGACUUAGAGCCCAAUGGGAGUUUGGAGUUGGUUUUUUAUUUUAUUUUAUUUUAUUUUGACUAAAUGAAGAAACUGAUCUUUUCCUCCUGUUUUAAUUUUUUUCAUCAGUAUAAUCACUGAUUAAAACUAGUUACCACAGACCCUUGUAGGAUUGUUUCCUAUGAUGCCAAGUUCAUAUAAAAUUGCUAGUACAGUAAAUACUAAGUACAGUACAAGACAAAUUGUUCCCAAUUUUUUAUCUAUUUUCCAGCCAUUCAGGUGAACUGCCAGAAAAAUAAAAACAACAGAACAGAUAAGAGAAAUGGCUGUGUAUGUCAGACCACUGCUGCUCACUUCUAUGGGUCCUGAUGUAUUUAUGAAGGCAGUUUUUAUAAACCAGGGUAUUCCCAAACAGAGCAUAUCGAAUACAUUGGAUCCUACAAUGUUAGACAUAGCCAUAUCUCCAUUUCCUGUAAAAGAAGAAAGGCAAAUAAGUUUGCUUAAUUGUAUUGGAUGAAAUUGCCAAACUGUUUUGGAGGAACAGACUGUCAGCCCUCAGUUUCUCACAGAGCACCCUUUUCAGAUUUUGCAUCGAAGGAACUGUAGUCACGAUUCUACAGAACACGGUUUUGGGUACCAAAAGCAUAAAAAUAUCUCCCUAAAUCACCAGCAUCUGCACAGUUGCACUUAAAAUAAGCUAGACAGGCUGUUAUAAGGUCCAGUUAAGUUUAAAAUACCAAGACCUACAGUUGUGUUCUGCAGUAAAACUGUAAUACUUGAUCGACAACAAAUAAACCAAUCUAGAAUCCUUCUCUGAGAUACUCUGAGAAGCUUUGAAAUGUCUGAGCCACAGCUUUUUCAGGUAAGCUAUUUAUUUAUUUUUAGUAAACUUAAGCUCUAGAAUCUGGAGCACAAAUUUUGAAGUUACUCCUUGAAUUCCUGGAAAUGUUGACUAGAAUUCUUUUUUUUUCUUGGUACCUCUUAAACACAUCCAUUGGCAUGAGGCAGAAUACUAAAAUCUUUACCUUUUCGAGCCACCAGCACACUUGCAACUGUAUCUGGUACGCUUGUUCCUGCUGCUAGUAAUGUGAGACCCAUUACUGACUCUGGAAUUCCCAGUGUUUCACCUGCAGUUGAUAAAUAACAGUAGAAAUGGUUUUAGUUAGGUUACAUCCAAAGAAAGUGCUUUGCACUUUGUUUGCUGGAGAAAGAAGUAGUAAUCAUACAGUAAUUUCAUAUGGAAUGUGUCAGCUAACUUGACUACAUAUGAAGUGACUAAAUCACAAAGUAGUUAAAAGCAAGAGUAACAACAAAUACCAUUCUGUCCUUGUUCAGUCAAAUCAAAAAGGAACUGUAGUAUAGUAACCAUCUUAACAAGUUUCUCAAAGACCUGUGUGGAAUGUCUCCAGUGGUCAAGACAAUAGCAGUUAUGAAUUUUUUCUUGCAGAUAAAGUAGAUGUUUAAAUAUCUAACAAAUAAGUACUUUUUUUUGCUCCCAACUUUAGCAAAUAUGGUCUCUCUUAUGGUUUUGGGCAUCUCAUUAGUGUUUGAAAGACUUAUGAAGCAAUAACUCUUUACAAUCACCCUCUCUAAAGGGGAAGGGGAAAAGCACAUGAAUUUUCUUGGGUAGGAGGGUUGUUAAGAUAUUAGGAGAAAACUGUCUCAACUACAUGUUUACCAUUUCACUCCAAUUAGGAAGUGCUUAGAUUUGGAAGAAUCAAAAUGCAGAAUUUUUAUAUGACUUGUAAGUACAAGUAACCCUUUGGAAGUGUGAGUUCCUUUAAGUAAAUACUUGUUUAAAUUAAGAAAAGUUUUAAUCUGUUUCUAAAAGGGCAGCUUAUUUUUCCUCACUGUUAAUUUUUCUUAGCCCCACAUGUCCUGUAACCAUAUUACUUUCUCACAGGGAUUCUUCAAAACCAUUUUAGCAGUUGUACCAUUCAGAAGGGUCAAUAUGCUGAAGUGUUUGACACCUCUGUUCAAGCUAUUAAGUAAUGAGUUUUUCUUAAACCUUUUUCUUCACUAAAAACGAUGGUAAUGUUUUUUAUUGUUGAAAUCUGAAUUAUUACUUGCAGUAUUUCAACAUGAAUAAGAACAAUUUUAAUAAAAUAAGAGGCAGUGCUCUAAGCUAGGUCAGCAAUGCUUGCUUAUUGCUUACCAGCUUAGUCUAGAGCAGCCCAGUAAAUUUGUGUUUGAAACUGUUGGGUCAGAGGGACUAACAUGAUCCUGUUGCAGAAUUUGUACUCUCUUUAUCCUUCCAUUGCUCCUAAUAGAUUUGUAGGAUGAGGGACCAACAAAAUCAGCUUUUAUAAACCAUCCAGGCUGGAAAAUAAUGGGUCAAACCAAGCUGAAGUGAGAAUGAACCAGCCUUAUGUACCCAACAGUAGUUUCUAGCCCUCUGAAGGUUAUAAGACAGAAUAUAAACUCAGGAGAAUCUAAUUGUUCUUUUUAUUAGAUAGAUUUAUCUUCUAUUUAAUGUCUAGGGUUGUUUUCUUUUUUCUGGCAACUGACCAUAAAGAUAGAAUAUUCUUAUUUUUCUAGCCUUUAGUUAAUUUUGUGUAUCAGUGGCAAUGUCUUGCUAUAAGUAGUCAGAUUUUCUUUGCUAGCAACAGAAAGGUGUACUGAGGUUUGGUCUUGACCAUCUAAGUUUAGUCCCCAGCUGUGACACCUUUGUGACAUUCUGAUAGACUGAUUAUGCAACAAUAGAAUUUUUGAGUCAACCUUCAUGAAGGAAUCUGGACUUGAAUAUAAUGUGUGUGUAACUUCUAGUGUUUUAACAUGUAAACAGAGCAUAUUUUACCUAGAAAUAGUGGGCCAAAGACCCCAGUACUGCCUGUGAUGACUAUUGAAAGUGAACUACUACACUACUGUACCUGCUUUCAUAUGAAUUAAUGCUUUGUCUUGUAGAACAGCAAUAACUUUGACUUGAAUCCUGUUUCAAAGGCUUCUAGCAUCCAGACAGUGAACCCUCGCUCUUUAGAUACAACUGCAAAAUUAUUUGACCAGGAGGUGAACGUGGUAGUUGUUGUAUCCAGCCAUUUACCAGUAAUUUCUCAAAGGUUUACCAAACGUGUAGGUCUGUUUCUGCACUGAACAAGGAGUUAUUCAUAUCUGAGCUAGCAGAAUGCUUGAGUAGGAUUAGUGAACUAUAACGUGGAAAUGGCAAGCUUUGUAAAAUUUCUUUCUGGUUUAGAGCUUUGUUUUCUGCUUGUUCUUAAAAUUAAAAACUGGAUUUCUUUAAAGCUGACUGGAGAAACAGUGAAAUGAGGAGACCUUUAACACCUUAAGGUACUUUUAGUAGAAUAUUUUUACACACAAGUUCAUACCCCUUCCCUCACUUAAACACAAUCCUUUCACUGCUUCAGUUUUUGAUGAUGCACAUUUGUAAAAGAUUUACAUACACACACACCAAGAAUGGUUAAUAAACACGUGAUGCUAUAGUUGAAAUAAUAUAGUACAAAAAUUUGAGACUUUUUUGGCAGUGAAUGCCAAAUAUGUUACUAUAGCACUCAUGAAGAAUACAGGUGUAGAAAUAACAGAUCUUUUCCAAAAACCGUAACCUGUAAUUCCAGUCUUUGUGGAUUUUGUGUUUGUCAGCCUUCAGCAUGACAAGUUUAUUGCUGUGUAUCUAAUUGUUUCCCUUAAUGAGCAGUUUAAUGAAACUCUCUUUUUAAAUAUAGGCUGGUUUUUUGUAGCUACGUAAACAAAUCCUCCUUCCUCUCAUGGUGAGCUGUGUGAAGCAGCUAAACUCAAAAGUAUUCCAUCAGUAGAUGGAAGAGGGUGGCCAACUAAGCAGUCAGACAUAACUUUCUGUUCGGUUUUCUUUGUUGUGGUUUUUUACAGCAAAGUCUGAGUUGCUAAACUGACUGUUGGUUGUGGAAAGGGAAAUUUCACAGGGAGAAAACUGUUCUUUCAGUGAUUCUUGGUUGGUUGACCCUGUAUAGCAGCAGCACUUUGGGUACCUACCUGCUAUUGUUAUCAUCCAUACAAGAACAUAAGUUAUUGCAGAAAUCCAUGCUGCUGAAAUUAAAAAUGUCACCAUGAACCAGUUCCUCCAAAACUGCCUUCUGCAAUCUGGUAUAGUCAAAUAGAGUAGCGUAAUAAUGGGAAGGGAUAACACCCACAAAAUUCUCUUCAUAUCCGCUUCAGGCAUGGUGAAGACAUUUGGAUGAUCUGUUGAAGAAAAAGUAACUAUUUUAAAUUGUAGCAUUAAGUUUGAAUCUAUAGCAUACAGUCUGUUACUGUCCUCUAUUUGUGAGAAUACUGAAAAAAGGUGAAAAAUACCUCCUUAAGUUCCAGCUGUAGUAUUGCCCGGUACCUCCAUCACUCUGGACUAAAUUCUGAAAUCAAGUUACUCUUGGGGAGAUGUGGUGGAUUCGUAGUGCUGAACACUUUUAAGAUUCAGCUUGAACAGGUGCUGGGCCAUAUUCUCUAGACAGUGCUUUCCCAGGAAAGGUUGGACCAGGUGAUCCCUGGGGUCCCCUUCCAACCUGGUAUUCUAUGAUUAAAAUGUUCUUUAUUACCACAUCGCCAAGGUAGAUGAAAAAUUAACUUCUCUAUAAAGGUUUACCCAUAACAUUUACAAAAAAAACCCAAAACUACUGGGCUUUUUGCCUGAGAGGAGACAUGGCCUGUGGCCACAUCACAGCUACUCCUUCUGAUGUGAUGCAUAUUUUGGGCUAUGAAUCUGUCACUGUCAUAAGAAAAUAGCAUAUAUUAGUACAGUACCAGCGUGGCUUUCAGGUGAUAGUGCAUUUUACGAGCAGUGUUGCUGGACAGUUUCAAAUAUACACAGCAAAGACUGAUAGAAGUUCUAAUAAGACAAAAAUGAGCAACUAUCCUUACAUUCCUCUAGCAACUAACUUCAUAUAAAUACCACUAGUCCAAUUUUGCUUAAUUUUAUAUUCCAGGUUAGAAUAUUAUUUACUUAAAUACUAUGCUGGAGUUCUUCUGUGAACAAAAUCUUAAAACUAUCUCAGAAUCUGCUCUUGAUUAGAACUGAUGCAGACAGGCAUGCAGAGUGCUAGAGACAGCUGUAAUAGUGCUUGUACCUCCAGAGAUUUCAUCAAGCCCAUGUAAGCUUGUUGAAAGGUGAGAGUAGUCCAGCUCAUCCUGAAAAAUUCCACUGUCUGUCCUUGACUGCUGACGGAUUAGAGGUCCACUCUCUUCCCUCCAUCCAACCAGUGGCUGCUGCUCCGCAUUCUCUUCCAUAGCUUUUGUAAAACAUGUACAGCAGGGACUGAACUUUUUCAUGAGGUAUUGGUUGAUUUUAAUGUCAAAACACAGUAUCAGAAUAUAACACCCAUAUAUCAAUAACAAGGAUGCACUUUCAUACCUAGAAUGAAAAACAGGUUUUAUGUAACAUGUAGUAUAAAAGAACCCAGUGACUGGUAUAAGUAGAGAGAGAAAAUUUGCAUGAGUAGCAAAAGGAAAACAUACAAAAGCAUCUUAUUUGCAGUUGUAUGGCUGAUGUCAUGGAAGUUUGUGAGUGUCCCCAUGUCUUUCAGCAGUUUGAUUAAUUCCCCUCCUCUGCAGAAUCUUUAUUGUGUAUUGUAUAGCUGCAUGUUUCCCAGGGAAUCUUACUGACUGAACAUCUUCCUGAUGUUUGCAAAACUGAGUCUUCAUGUGAUGGUUAACUUAGAAACUUCAAGAGAUUUAGUGCUGGACCUGACUGUCUUUUUGAGGUAACAAGAGUUUUGGUGUUGAUGGAAGAGUUACAACAUCAUAAACUCAUGAUCAUCUGGCAGACAAACGUUUUUGUGAACAAUUCUGCUAUGAAAGGAAAGGCUCAAAAGGAGUAAAUGAUGAACACUAAUUGCUAUGCCAGAACAGUUGUGACAGAAAUUGUGAAGUCUGUACAGACAAACCUAUGCAGAUCAAAUUUUAUAAAUAUGCAGGGUUUGAAUGUUUAGGUAAUAAUCUUUACAAGCAUUGUGACUUUGUUUUUUAAAGCCAACAGGAUGUUUAUUUCUGUUAGUGAAUGGCAGUUCAGGCUACUUGAAGUUUGGGGGUUUUUGUUUGUUUUUCAAAACACUGUCUCGCUAAUCUCCAGUCAAAAUGAAUUCAACACAACUUGUGCUCUUACCAGUAAAUUCUGUUGUCAGAGAUCAUCGCAAGGACUGCUGCUGCACUGAUUGUAUAUACCAGACAGUCUCUAAACAGCGGCCAACAGGAUAGCCUGGAAACCUGCAGAUCAGAGUCAUUUACUUUUCUUAAACCUCUCUGUAAUACUUUCACUAAGUGCUGUAAAUGCUGCAUCGAUAUGUUGUUUCUAUAUUAUGUAAAAAUUUAAGAUUCUUAGGAAUGACUUAAGUAUGAUAUUUAACAAGUUAGUGUUUUUAAAAACUUUCAUAGCAAGUUAUCUUAAAACUGAUUACAUGCUGGUUUUGCUACUAAAUAAUAAACUUGGCAGUUGUCAUA